GGAGCGAGACAUUGGUAUGAACAUGAUCAGCAUAUUCAUAGAGCGAUGCUGUGAUUUGGAUACCUUAUCGCACGACAUGCCCGCUAACCCUCUGUUCCUGGCGUUUAAUACUGCGAUCGGAAAACAUACGGCACUCGCGAACGACAUCUAUUCAUUCAAGUCAGAGGUAUCAAAAGAUGAGGGUAUAUAUGGUUACCUGUAUUUGUUAAUGGUUUACGAACACUGGGACUGUCAACAGGCCAUCGACCAGAUGGUGGCCGAGGAGCACGGUUUAUGGUUCGCGUGUAUUAACUACGGCUCACAACUCGUAGAGUACGGCAUACCUGAGCUGACAGAGUAUGUGCAUCAAAUGAUAUACUUUAUUAAAGGAAAUUGCAACUUCUCUAUAAUGAACGGCCAGUUGCACUACAAAAGUGUUUAUUAUAGGAAGGGUUCAUCCAGCGGGAGGUUCUGUUAUAGGUAUAGAAAAUCCAAAAUAUAUUUUAAAACCGUUCAUUCAAAGGAGGUGUUCAUCCAAGAGAAGUUCACCCAAGAGAAGUUGCACUCUGUAGACUCUAAUGAGCUGUACGGCUGUCUAACUAUGGAUGUGAUCGCAAACUGCGCUUUCGCUACAAAAACCAACGCUUUUAAAAACCCAAACAAUGCAUUUGUAGUGAAUGAGAGAAAUGUGCUUAAAUUGUCGGUUUUGAAAUUAAUUUCGAUGCUUUUGUUGCCUCAGUUUGUGUUAAAUAUAUUAAAAUUCAAAACAUUAUUGAAUGAAAAGUCAGUCGAGUUUUUCUCUACAAUUUUACGACAAAUAUUAAGAGUUAGGGAGAAAUCAGAGGCAAAAUCCAAUGAUUUGAUUGAUCUCAUGAUGAGAGCAAAGGAAGGAAAGGAUAACAUUAAUGAUGAGAGCGAUGGACACGAGUCUCAUCACAUCAAUGAAGGUGAAGAGGAAUUAGAAAUCACAAACAAAAUACUGAAUAUAAAGCCAUCGAACAAAUUCAUAACAGAGGAUGAGAUGAUAGCGCAGAUGUUUAUUGUACUUUUAGCCGGAUAUGAGACCACAGCGACUACACUCGCCUUCUGUUCCUAUGAAUUGGCACUCAAUCCAGACGUUCAGCAAAAACUAUACGAAGAAGUGAUGUCUUCGAUGGACACAAACGGAGAGAUUGGUCACGAAGUGUUGACAAAACUCCCGCUUUUGGACGCAGUCAUUGCUGAGACGCUUAGACUCCACACACCUCUCGUUAUAAUAGGCAGAUAUGCGGCCGAAGAUUACCGGUUGGGAAGCACUGGGAUUACUGUAUAUAAGGGACAAGCCUUGGAAAUACCUGUUUAUGCUAUCCAUCACUCGCGAGAAUAUUAUCCAAACCCCGAAAUGUUUAUUCCCGACCGCUUUCUACCCGAAAACCGUCACAAAAUAAUUCCCUACACUUAUCUGCCCUUCGGUUCCGGUCCUCGCAAUUGCAUUGGAAUGAGGUUUGCAUUAAUGGAAGCGAAGUUAGGUUUGGCUCGUAUUAUACGGAGGGUUCAGUUGACCCGAAGUCCGCGAACAGAUAUUCCAUUAAUUUUACUUAAAAAUCCUGCCCUAAAAAGUGUUAAAUCUAUAAUCGUUGGCAUUCAAUAUAGAGAU